UGUUCUCACGUCCUACAGAUGCACCGCGUGUAACUUGCGGCACGCGAGACUCAUCCUCCAGACGACAAAGCAUUGCUCAUCACAAGUCCCAUCUGUUGUUCCAGCGAAGGGCUGCACCCAUGGCGGUGAAGUAGAGCGCCUCACCCCCCCCCCACCCCCCCCGCACCCUCCUGCAGGAAGUUUCGGUCAACCCGUCGCUUUGGAAACGCUGACCGUCUUCCGUGCGUCCGUUUCCCGGCAGGUGUAGACGGCAACACUCCAAAGAUCUAAUUUGCCUGUGAUGAGCAUCCUCGUCCACCAGAGACCAAAGGCCUGCCCCUGUAAUUCCCCCUGAGAGGAAGAGGAAGUGAUGUCACGCCACCACCACCGCUUCGAGAGGGACUACCGGGCACCCUGGGAGCGCCGAGACGUCCGUCCGUCCGGCCUCCACAACGGUGGAGCCAAUCACAGCUGCGCCUCGGCCGUUGCCAAUGGCAACAACCGCCCGGGGCUCCUUCCCCUCCCGGUCAUCCCCUCCCUCCUGCCCACCCCGGUCACAGUUGCCGUGACAACAUCGAGUGGCGACGUAGCGGUCAAGCGCGGCAUCCCGGCUGCAGGAUCGGCGGCUUCGGCGUCGGCCAAGGCCUCCGGUCUUUCUCCCGGAGACGGACAGACCCCGGGACUGCUGCUGGCUCCGGGGGUGAGGUGGGGACAGACGCCCAUCAACCAGCUCACGCCCUGGGACACGGACGAGCCCCCCGCCAAGCAACACCGAGACGGCGAGGCCGCGGGUCCCACCUGGGCUGCACCGGCAGCGGCGGUGAGCCAGCCGAGCCUGCUGGCCCACACCUACGGCCUCCCCCAGCCGCCCUCCUUCAGCAGCCACAGUGUGGCCGCGCAGUCGCCCAUCAUAGGAGUAACGCCGUCCAUCCGGGGCCCGCUGCCCCAGCAGCACCCGCUCAUGACGGCCCACUUCCAGCUGACGCCGCACUCCAGCCAGCAGCCGCCGUCCAUGGUGCUGAGCAUGCCGAGCCAGCCCCCGUACGCCUCCGCCCAGGCCAACCACGUGGUUCACCCCAACCCCCACAGCGUGAUGGGCAACGGCCAGUUAACCUCUCACCGCGGCCUCAUCCAGCACCCCGCCUUGCCUCUGACUAACGGACAGGCGGUGGCGGCGGCAGCGGCGGCGGCGCAUGACGGCCAGCACGCAGCCGGAGACAAUCAGGACGGUUACGGCGGCCUCCUUUUCCUGGCGAGGUUUAGACGGGGAAAUAAGAGUCACACAGACCCUCCGCAUCCUAAAGAGAUGUUGAAGGAGUUGAACCAACAGCGCAGAGCGAAAGAGUUUACAGACCUGAAAAUUAUUGUUGAAGGCAAAGAGUUUGAAGUCCACCAAAAUGUUCUAGCUUCCUGCAGCUUGUAUUUCAAGGACCUGGUGAAAAGGUCGUCAGGGGAGACGAGGAGCGGGGAGACGCUGGAGUUGACGAUGGGCAACAUCGGCGCCGACGUGCUGGAGCAGCUGCUGGAGUUCGUCUACACGGGGUCGCUGGUCAUCGACUCCGCCAACGCCAAGACGCUGCUGGAGGCCGCCAACAAGUUCCAGUUCAACACCUUCUGCAAAGUCUGCGUGUCCUUCCUAGAGAAGCAGUUGACUGCGGCGAACUGUCUGGGAGUCCUGGCCAUGGCCGAAGCCAUGGCGUGCACCGAGCUCCACAACAUGGCCAAAGCCUUCGCACUGCAGAACUUCCCCGAGGUGGCGGGACAGGAAGAGAUCCUGAGCGUGUCCAAGGUGGACCUGGUGGCCUACCUGUCCAACGACAGCCUCAACACCAAGGCGGAGGAGCUGGUCUACGAGACGGUCAUCAAGUGGAUCAAACAGGACCCCGAGUCCAGAGUGCAGACUCUGUCCGACCUGCUGGCGGUGGUGCGCCUCCCCUUCAUCCACCCGUCCUACCUGCUGAACGUGGUGGACAACGAGGAGCUGAUCAAGUCCUCGGAGGCCUGCCGCGACCUGGUCAACGAGGCCAAGCGCUACCACAUGCUGCCGCACGCGCGCCAAGAGAUGCAGACGCCGCGGACCCGGCCGCGCCUCUCCGCCGGCGUAGCGGAGGUGAUAGUCCUGGUGGGGGGGCGCCAGUCGAUCGGGAUGAGCCAGCGCUCCCUGACGGCGGUCACCUGUUUCAACCCCCAGAGUAGUAAGUGGUACCCGCUGGCCAGCCUGCCCUUCUACGACCGCGAGUUCUUCAGCGUCAUCUCGGCGGGGGACAACAUCUACCUGUCAGGGGGCACGGAGUCGGGCGUGAUGCUGACGGACGUGUGGUGCUACAUGUCCCUGCUGGACAACUGGAAUCUGGUGUCCCGGAUGACCGUGUCGCGCUGCAGACACAACAGCCUGGUGUACGACGGCAAGCUCUACGCCAUCGGAGGGCUCGGCGUGUCGGGGAACCUGGAUCACGUGGAGAGGUACGACACCAUCACCAACCAGUGGGAGACGGUCUCCCCCCUCCCCAAGCCGGUCCACUCGGCGGCCGCCACGGUGUGCGGGGGGAAGGUCUACGUGUUCGGAGGAGUGAACGAGGCCGGCCGCCCGGCGGGGGUCCUGCAGUCCUACGUGCCGCAGAGCGACACCUGGAGCUUCAUCGAAUCCCCCAUGAUCGAUAACAAAUACGCCCCUGCAGUGAGUCUAAACGGCUUAAUAUUCAUCCUGGGUGGGGCCUACGCUCGAGCCACCACUAUCUACGACCCGGACAAAGGCAACAUCAAGGCCGGUCCCAACAUGAACCACUCGCGGCAGUUCUGCAGCGCCGUGAUCCUGGACGGGAAGAUCUACGCCACGGGGGGCAUCGUGAGCAGCGAGGGUCCGGCCCUCGGCAACAUGGAGACCUUCGACCCCGCCGCCAACACCUGGACGCUCCUGCAGUCGCUGCCCUGCCCGCUCUUCAGACACGGCUGCGUGGUCAUCAAGAAGUACAUCCAGAGCGGCUGAGCGGUGGGAACGCCAGCGUCCGUCCGCCCGCCCGCCCGUCCCCGAGGAGGAGGAGGAAAAGCCCCGUGCAGAAUGUUCUCGUGCUCCUCCAGUACCGCGUGUGUCCUGGUGGUAGUUCAUCCGCCGGCAGGCACAGGGGCCGUCUUAGGAAAGGACUCCGCCUUCGUUUCUUCCCCACAUUUCUUUGCUAUACUCUUACUGAAAAGCCAUCAGACAUUUUUGUCCGUUUGUGAGAACUACUUUUAAACCGGCGUCGGCCCUUCGUUUAUCAAAGCAGCUUUCUUUGUGGUGUAUAAACGUUGGAUUUGUUUUGUAGGACAGGAGGAGAGGUGAAGGACUCCAGCCAGUGUGUUCCUCUCCAUCAGCGCAUGUGAGGAGCUCCUCUCUCUCUCUCCACUGGGUCAGGAGGCAGAAUUCUGGAUUCAUGAUCUGAUUUUAAAACCAGAUUAUGAACUCUGUGUCACCCGACCGGCGAAAACAGGGGAAAAUGAAUCAAAUCUGGGUUAGCGAGGCUUUACUUUCUCCCCUGGAGUCCCACUCGUGUUCUCUGGGACGAGGAGGACUACAUUUGGAGAGAGAGGGAGGAUUCCUCUGAUCGGAUGUUCGUCUGGGGGAAAAAAGCACAAUAAUCACCUGUAACUGUUCACACGGUCGUCUCUCCUUUGUAUCAGUUUCCACGUUUUUUGUUUCAUUACAACCCUCAAAUGCUUUGGGGUUGGUAUUCUGUAAAUACAGGAAGGAGAAAUGUAUAUUUUAAAAUCCUGAAGGCAAUUCUGUAUAGAUGUUUUUAGAUAAAAAAAACAAAACCUGAUAGGUUGGACUCAAAAUGGUGUUUCUGUAAAUCUGUACCCAAAAAGGAGAAAUGAGUGCUUAUUAUUGAAACCUAAUACAUAUACCAGAACAUGAA